AUGCUGGCUGUGAUCCGGCUGAUCUUCAUCAUCAUCAUCGUCAGCACAGAGAAGAUCUUCCACAGCAGAGAUCACAGUGAUGUCGACAUGAACAACAUCCAUCAGGCAGAACUCAUCACAGAUACUGACACUGCAGAGCGCUUUCUGUCUAAGUAUGGAUUCAUGAGAGCAGGAGACAGUGCUGAGCCUCAGAACACUGCAGAACCCGUGAGUGAGACAGACGUCGGCCUCUCUCUGGACCUUCAGGAGGGAGGAACCAUGUCCCGAUCCAGCAGCACUGAACAGAACCAGCAGCAGGAGUUCAUCACGGCUCUCAAAGAGUUCCAGAGAGUGACUGGUUUACCUGUCACAGGUGUGUUUGAUGACGCCACCAAAGCCGCCAUGAAUAAACCCAGAUGUGGCUUUUCUGACCAGGAUGAAGAAAUAGAUUCUACUGAACAAGAGCUGAACGACACCACAGAAUCCAACAGCACCACCACACACAAUCACACUGACGUCCAUCAGAUCAACAAUAACGAUACCACAACAUCCAAUAAUACUCAAGCUCAUGUGCGCAAAAAACAGCAUCUCACAGCAAUUUUAAAGACCAGGAGGAAGAGAAAUGUGAGUGAGUGGACAGGUCACAUGGCGUUCUCUAAAGCUCUUCUGAAGUGGCGAUUGAUUGGUGAAGGUUACAGCAGUCAACUGUCCAUCGAUGAGCAGAAGUACAUCUUCAGACUGGCCUUCCGUAUGUGGAGUGAAGUCUCACCACUGGAGUUUGUGGAGGAUCUACACUCGCCUCUGGAGGAGAUUGACAUCAGAUUGGGCUUUGGAACAGGCAGACACCUGGGCUGCUCUCAACGGUUUGACGGCGCAGGUCGUGAGUUUGCUCACGCGUGGUUCCUGGGAGACAUUCAUUUCGACGAUGAUGAACAUUUCACCGUCCCAAACACAGGCAGCGGGAUCAGUCUGCUCAAGGUAGCGGUUCAUGAGAUUGGUCAUGUUUUAGGACUCCCUCACAUCUACCGGUCCGGCUCCAUCAUGCAGCCCAGUUACCUGCCACAGGAAGCUGGAUUUGAGAUCGACUGGCUGGACAGGAAAUCCAUUCAGAACCUUUAUGGUGUGUGUAUGGGUCGCUUCAGUACUGUGUUUGAUUGGGUCAGAAAGGAGCAGACAGCGUAUGGUGAGGUCGUGGUGCGUUUUAACACAUACUUCAUGCGGGACGGCUGGUACUGGCUUUAUGAGAACCGCAAUAACAGAACGCGGUACGGCGAUCCGGUCGCAGUGCAGGUGGGGUGGCACGGGCUGCCCGCUGGUGGAGUGGACGCUUACAUUCAUGUGUGGAACCGCAAAACAGACGCUGUUUACUUCUUUAAAGGUAUGCAGUACUGGCGUUAUGACAGCGAGAACGAUCAGGUGUUCACGCGGGACUCGGACGGACGCUCGUACCCGCGUCUGAUCUCUGAUGACUUCCCGGGCGUGUCUGGACCACUGGACACUGCGUACUAUGACAGGAGAGAUGCUCAUAUCUACUUCUUUAAAGGCACUCAGGUGUUUAGAUUCGAUGUACGAAUGAACCGUUUGGCUUCAUCUUCACCACAAAAAAUCACAGAGGUAUUUCCUGCCGUUACCCCCGGUAACCACCCUGUCGGUAACCUGGAUGUGGCGUACUUCUCCUACACACACAACACGGUGUUCUUGUUGAAGGGCGCAUUGUUCUGGCGUGUGUUGAGCGGAAGAGACCGUCGGCGGAAUCCUUCACUGCCGCUGAACGGACUAAUGUCACACAGAGACGUGGAGAUGCAGUGGUUCGACAUCUGUGACGUUCACAGCAGCUCUCUGAGAACCGGCCGCAGGUGACACGCCGACAGCCUCAUGUGAGGGUAAAAGUAAUGUGUGACAUCAGGAACUUUGUUGAUUAUUUUUCAGUUUUUAUGGGGAUAUCUGUAUGAGGCGUGUGAGGUGCCUGAUCCAGAUGUUUCUUGUUCUGACACAAAUGAAGCCCUGAGUGAACAAAUGCUGAACCACAAGCAUUUAAAUAUGUUUUAACAUACAGUACGCUCAUGAGUCACAUUAUACAGAUGUGAAUAUAAUAAUAAUCCAUUUCUUCAUUUUAACCUGCAUCUGUGCUUUUGAUAUAACUGAGCUCAAAAUGACUGAAAUCAUUCAAUCAUUUCUCAUUCAUCAGUGUUUCUUUGUUGUUUUGUCCUUUUAUAUGUUUUUGUUUUUUUUUAUGUAUUUAUAUGAAUCAACACUUAACUCGACACAGCGCGUUAAAGCUUGACAACAUUUAUUGAAAUUGUUUGCUAGAACUUUUUAUGUCAUAACUAUUAUAAACUAUCUCACAAUAUUUACUUUUUUAAUAUUAUACUUACAUUAUGACUUCUUGUGUGCUGGAAAUGGACUUCCAUAAAUAUGACUCUUUUAUUUAUUAUUGUUGUUUAUUUAUUAUUUGUUUCCUUAGGAACAAGUUCUUUCAGAAUAUAUGUUUUUAUUAAAAAAAUUCACCGCUAUAUUAGUUUGAGUAAAUAUUUGUUAUGUUUGUGAAUUGUUUUAUGAUGCAGGUCACACGGAUGUGUGUGUGUGUGUGUGUGUGUGUGUGUGUGUGUGUCAGGUGUGAGUCUUCAGGAUAU